AUGGCGGUACUGCCUCUCCAGCGGGCGGUGCGUGCAGGGGUAGCCGCGUGUCUUCUGCAGCUUGCCCUUCUUGUAAGCUCGAUGCCAGCUGCUUUUGCGGCUGAGGGAUCGUCAGAGCCAAUCCCAGCUGAUACUCAAGGGGAAGAAUCUCCAUUGGGAGAAUCACAGCCGCGACUACCCCACGGCAACACUUUUCAAGUGGUAGAAGACAUAGAGGGCAUGGAUGGAGAAGCCAGCGCAGAGUGGUUGAGCAUGCAGGCUCACCUGCCUUUGCUUAAGCUGGCACUGCCGGCCACGUACAUGAGUACACUGACCGACGUCAACUUGCCAAGAUAUGCAGGAAAAGUAGAAGCGCAAGACUUGGGCGUCAUGGAUCAGUUAAUAGACGGAGUCCGCUUACUAGAUGUCCGGCUCUGGAGGAGUGAAAAGGAGACAGACCCGACGUCAGCCUGGUUUACAGAGGUCCCAUGGAGGCUCUAUGAAGAUGGCGAAAUACUUAAAAAUGUUGCUAAUGGCAAAUCUCCUGCAUCCUUCACUCAGACAGAACUUGAGGCCCUUGAAGUUCACAGUCGGACUAAUGUAGUGGAGGGUCUGUUCAAGCCAGUUUUGCAAUUCUUACGCAAGUCCCCGAGUGAAGUCGUGGUCGUCGUGUUUUCAGCAGUAAAUGGUAACACACACACUCAACGCAAUAUGGUCGCUAAGGGUUCCGAGCUCGCUGAGUCGCUUGCGCAUGCGGAGGAGCAGCUAAAGGCAUUCUUGCAUAGUGGCCAGCCGUACAGCGACAACGCCCACGAGGCGAACUCCCCAACUACAGAUGGGGCUUCUUCUGUGGUCCGAGUAGGGCCACACUCAGCUUACCAUAGUCCCUGGCUCGACAGCUUUGUAAAGAAGGGUGUGUCUUUCAAGCACUUCGCGGAAAUCACCGAGCUUAUAGAUACACACUGGGGGCCACUGUUGCCUCACCACACGGAUACGUUUGUAGACGCAGAUAACAAGGAUCAGAGUAUGACGGACAGUGUCGCGGAUGUUCAGUCCUUCAGGGUGUGGCAGCGUAGCCAAGGAAUUGCGCUCCUUGGGAAGCCGAUAUCAGAGCUUCUCGACGCAAAAGUGAGGCUAAUUCUGCUCGUUGACGAUCCAUUGUUCGCGUGGUUCAUUACAACUAGGUCACGCUCCUCGGUGCUGGCCCUGGUGAAGGCGGAUCAUUUGUAUGAUGUAUCUUACAUGUCCGAGUCGCAUUCUGCUCCGUGCGCAUCCCCACAUACCGCGCGAACUGGAGAAUCUUCGGAAAGUCGCGACAGCAGCUGGCCAGCUUGUCGUAGUUGGUGCGCGUUAGUUGGCUCCAAGGAGUGUACAUCAUGGUCAUGGAAGCCAACUGGUACGGACCAAAGAAUGUCGCCUGUGAGGAGUCGUCGAGAAGGUGACCUCAGCAGCAUCUGGGACGAGAGAGUGGAUGAAGAACCGGGAAGGUGCGAACUCUUCACUAGGGCACCGGUUGAGCUCUCAUUUGAAGCUAUCACUCAAGGAGUGGAUUGCCCGAAUGACGACCUUAUGACGUCAGAGCUCCCAUGGGACCAUAUGGUCGUUAUGGGGGAUUUACUGCUUUCCGUUUUGCCGGUUGUUAAGAUAUCGGCAAACUCUCGUCGCCGCAACAUGCGAGGAAUGGGGACUGUGAGUUUUGGAUUUGAUUCCCGAGUGUCUAUGCUAACCACGGGGUCUCCAAGCGGCCACGAAGAGAAGUAUGGCAUUUCGCAGAGGCUUAUCCGCGUCUUGUUUGCCCCACCAACGCCUCAAGUUCGCAUAGAGGCAUCGCAAAGGACUGCCUACAGCAGCAAGGGCGAUACUGUGAGGCGAUUCAAUGCAUCGCUUGCGGAUUUCGUGCUAGCGCUGCUUUUGCGUUAUCAUAUCCUGGAGAGGAACCAUGUGACGAGUAGGCCGGUUAACGCCAUUCAGAUAGCGAAAUACCGCCGUAUAAGGAGUCGCUUGGAGCCAUUCGCUUCCGCUAGUUUCUUCCAGCACAUGACGAUCCUAAACCCUUCGGCGGCCAUAAACCCCCACCUAUUGGCCUUUCCGGAGGAAAGCUACGGUGUUCCGUUCAAGGAUUCCAGGGUCACAGUAACUACCCAUACUUUUCCUCCACCUCAUGUGCUCGAAUUGCUCGUUGACAGUUUUUCAUGUGUGCCCCGAGGAACGCAUUGGUUGCGUUGA